AGAUCGGAGAUUUGGAUGUAGUAGGUAGGUUUGCUAACAUGCACUACGCCUUCCAAACCAAAUUCCCCUAAAACCCCAGAAAAUCAAACUUCAAAUUUAACCGGAAAGUAUCAAGAACAAUGGGAAGUACAAAUGCUCUCGUCAAUCUUCAGUUCAACACAAACAAUUGCUUCAAUUGUGCGAUUUCUAGAACAAAUCAUUCAAAUUCCUUGCAGAUCAAUCAAAAAAAGACGUAUCUGAAUGUCUCAAAUAAGAGGCAAAAUAAGUUUGAUAGAGUCGUUUGUUUUGCUGUUGAGGAUAUGAAGGAUAUGCAAAGAAAGCUUGGUAUCGGGUUUGGAGGAUCAAUUGUUGAAUCUAAACCUAAGGUGGUUGAUGAGAUAAUAGAAGAUAAACAAUCAGAAAACGAAGGCGCAAUUUAUAAAUUUCUUUAUCCGGAUAAAGAGCUUCUUCCAGAAGAUAAAGAAAUGAGCAUCUUCGAUCAUCUGGAAGAGCUUCGAGAACGGCUUUUUGUGUCCGUUUUGGCUGUCGGAGCUGCCAUCUUAGGAUGCUUCGUGUACUCAAAAGAACUCAUAAAGCUUCUAGAAGCUCCGGUCAGUACUCAAGGCGUUAGAUUCUUACAAUUAGCCCCUGGAGAGUUUUUCUUCACAACUAUAAAGGUUUCUGGGUACUGUGGCAUUCUUUUAGGAAGCCCUGUGAUUCUAUAUGAAAUCAUAGCUUUUGUUCUUCCGGGGUUAACAAAAUCAGAAAGGAAAUUCCUAGCCCCGAUAGUUCUCGGAUCAUCGAUUCUAUUCUACGCCGGAAUCGCGUUUUCCUAUUCCGUUCUCACUCCGGCUGCUUUGAACUUUUUCGUUACAUAUGCAGAAGGGGUUGUGGAGUCAUUAUGGUCGAUUGAUCAAUAUUUUGAGUUUGUUCUCGUGCUUAUGUUCAGCACCGGAUUGUCAUUCCAGGUUCCAGUGAUACAACUGUUACUAGGUCAAGUUGGUUUGGUGUCAGGGGAUCAAAUGUUGUCAAUAUGGAGAUAUGUGGUUGUUGGUGCGGUUAUUGCUGCGGCUAUUGUGACUCCAUCAACCGACCCGUUGACUCAGCUGCUUCUUGCGGGACCGCUUUUGGGUCUUUAUUUUGGUGGUGCGUACACCGUUAAGUUCAUCGGCCGGUAACCUUUAGACAAAAUGUAGACUGUAGAGGCAUGACUGUCUACAUCUGUCAUCUGACAUCUUUUACCUGACG